CUACGCUGCUUUUGGAGUUCUCAAAAUGGCUGCGCCCGAUGAAAACACGCUUCUUUGUGAAGAUGAAGAAGUUGAAGAGAUGGAGGCGGGUGACAGCGAUGAAGAUGAGAUGGAGGAAGAAGACGGACAGGAUGAAGAGGGCGGGCAGAGUAAAGUGUUUGUGCCCGGCGUUGAGCCGCUUCAGCCGGGAGAAGAGCUGGAGAUGGACCGCUCGGCUUACCGCAUGUAUCACGAGUGCCAGACAGGUGCCCCUUGUCUGAGUUUUGAUGUAUUACGUGAUGCUGAGGGAGACGGGAGAGAGACGUUUCCCUUGUCCAUGCUGCUGUGUGCAGGUACCCAAGCCGACACCGCUCUCAGUAACAGACUCAUUGUUAUGCGCAUGCACAACCUGUAUGGCACUGAACAAGAUGAUGAAGAAGAGGAGGAGGAGGAGGACAGGAGUGAUGAGAGUGAUGAAGAACAGGGUGAUGAGGACAAGAAGCCACAGAUGGAGCUGGCCAUGGUGCCCCAUUAUGGGGGAAUAAAUAGAGUCAGAGUGACCCAGAAUAGUGAGCGGUCAUUGGCUGCUGUCUGGUGUGAGAAAGAACAGGUGGAAAUUUUUGAUCUUCGGCCACAGCUGGAAGCAGUUCACAGCUCUGCUGCCAUGUCAGCAUUCAUUAAACAGCAGAAAGAGGCCACACCUUUGUUCAGUUUCUCAGGUCACAUGACAGAAGGCUUUGCCCUAGACUGGUCUCCAAAAGUACCAGGCCGGCUUGUGAGUGGAGACUGCAAGAAGAACAUUCACGUGUGGGAACCACGAGAGGGUGGGACUUCCUGGCAGAUUGACCAGCGGCCUUUUAGCUCUCAUACCAAGUCUGUUGAGGACCUCCAGUGGUCACCUACUGAAGCAACAGUUUUCGCCUCCUGCUCAGUGGAUCAGUCCAUUCGGAUUUGGGAUAUCAGAGCUCCUCCAAAAUCGAUGCUCUCAGCCAAUGAGGCUCACACAUCAGAUGUUAACGUCAUCAGCUGGAAUCGGACUGAACCGUUCCUGUUAUCUGGAGGGGAUGAUGGGCUUCUGAAGGUGUGGGACUUGAGGCAGUUCCAGUCUGGGCAUCCAGUGGCCACCUUCAAGCAGCACAGUGCCCCGAUCACAUCAGUGGAAUGGAGCCCCAUCGACUCCAGCGUGUUUGCCGCCGCUGGAGCAGACGAUGUCGUCAGCCAAUGGGAUCUGUCGGUGGAGUCAUGUGACAUGGGUGAGCAGGCUGACGGCUUAAAGAAGCUCCCACCACAGCUGCUGUUCUUGCAUCAAGGCCAGACCGAGGUCAAGGAGCUCCACUGGCACCCACAGAUCCACGGAACACUCAUCUCCACUGCAUUGUCAGGAUUCAACGUGUUUAGGACGAUUUCAGUGUGAAAAGCAAAAGGAGUGCGUUCGUGCCUUAUGACAACAGUAGAAAUGUGUUAAAUAGCAUCAUCAUGGCAGUGAGCAAGGCUAUUCUUUUUGACUGGUCACUACAAUUAUUUCUCAAUCCUCUGGACUAUGUUUAAAAUAUAGGCAAUUAAAAACGUCUUGAUACAAUUUAAUUUAAAUCUACACAGAAACUGGGGAGCACAGCUGGUAACAGGCAGCCAGUUCAAACACAGCUGUGCGUCCUAGAUUUGAAGCUCACUCCUGUUACAUUGCUGAUCAACAUGUUGAAAAAUGUUUUAACUCUUUUAUUGUUCCAUGAGUGAACGCUAUUGUCUCAGGUCAUAUUUUGUACUAAUGUUUCUGCAGUCGCUUGGAGUCAGUUCCUUAUUGGUGCAGGUUUGAAUGCAGACAAAGCCAGUCAUUCAUGGCCGGGAGUCCAAGAGAGCAAAAUUAUCCAUUACGCUCAUCCAGUAACCAAUUGUAGACAUCUUUGAGCUCAUGCAGGCAAAAGAGGUUAGUUAGCCCUUUCCUCCAAGUCUGUUCACCCUCGAAAGUAGUAGCCCAAGAGCAUUAGCUCAAAAUUGAGUCCAACCCGGAACAAAUUAGUAACAAGCUGAAUUUUUCAGAAAAUGUUCAGAAUACCCUUAGGAAUAACAUACUAAAAGUCCCCAGGAAUCCACCUUGUGCUCUCUGAGAAAUUCAAGAUGGCGUCCAAAAUGGCCGCCGAUUAGAGAUUUUUCAAUAUCUCAUCUCAUUAUCUGUAGCCGCUUUAUCCUUCUACAGGGUCGCAGGCAAGCUGGAGCCUAUCCCAGCUGACUACGGGCGAAAGGCGGGGUACACCCUGGACAAGUCGCCAGGUCAUCACAGGGCUGACACAUAGACACAGACAACCAUUCACACUCGCAUUCACACCUACGGUCAAUUUAGAGUCACCAGUUAACCUAACCUGCAUGUCUUUGGACUGUGGGGGAAACCGGAGCACCCGGAGGAAACCCACGCGGACACGGGGAGAACAUGCAAACUCCGCACAGAAAGGCCCUCGCCGGCCCCGGGGCUCGAACCCAGGACCUUCUUGCUGUGAGGCGACAGCGCUAACCACUACACCACCGUGCCGCCAUUUUUCAAUAUCUCAGGGAUAAAACAUAAUAUAAAUGCAAUUAAAAUGUUAAAUUAUAUGUUCUCUCAUACAAGUAAUGCAAAUUCACCAUUGUCACGGUUAAAAUUAAAAUUAACCAAGAUUACAAGGUCAUUAAUGUGGAAAUUACAUGGAAUUUGAUGGUUGACAUGACAGAUUAGCUUAGCAGGCUACCUACAAACAUGAACAUAAUGUAAGACAACAAUUAGACAUCAAUUUCCUUAAUAUUUAGUGCAUCUUUAAGCUUUGAUAAAAUAUUAAAGGGAAAUUAAAUUUGAGAACUCUAUCUUCUAAAACUACAAUGGCAAGCUGUUUCAGUACACUUCUUCAACAUUCCGGCGACUUUCAUGACAAAAAGGUUUGCCUCAAUAAAAGCUCUUGCUUAUAAACAAUGAGUAGACAAACACUUCUCAGUGCCUCAGUUGUAAUGCUUGGACCUUUGUUGUACCAUCAAUGAAGUAGGGAAUUUAUUCAAGCUUGUUUAAGGGUGGAAAAAAAUUAAUCUUUGAGUUUCUAGCGCCAGUCUUUACUACUAGCAAUGCCAGUGUGUUCGGACAAAAAAUGACUAAACUCAGGAUGACCUUUUAAAAAUGACUGAACUCAGCAUGACCUUUUAACAUGCCAUUUUUCAUUUUACACCACCAAUUUACUUUAAUUAAUAUUAAUGAAAAUAAGUGCUCCAACCCCUAGUAAUUGUGUUUGUUGUUUUGUGAACAGAACAGGAUGAUACGGAGUGAACGAGUAACCAAUGGAUCCACACUAUACACAAAUAUACUGUUAUAAUAAUGUGUACAUUGUUAUUAUAUAAUGUUAAUACACAAUGUAAUUAAUACACACAUGUUGGAAUUUACUCUCCUACCCUACAAAACAUAUAUUCUGACCUUUUAACUGCAUUAAUAUUUUGUUUUGGGCCUGAGAUAUGGGCAGAUCUCCAUUUGGCAGCCAUUUUGGACGCCAUCUUGAAUUUCUCAGAGAGCACAAGGGGGAUUUCCGGGGACUUUUAGUAUGUUAUUCCUAAAGGUAUUCUGAACAUAUUCUGAAAUUUUCAGCUUGUUACUAAUUUGUUCCGGGUAUAACCCUAUUACUCCUGGGCUAUAGAGCGAGAAGCAGUUUGAAAAGAUGUGGCCGGCUUCACAUCCCUCUCAGGACGCCAUACUAUCUUGACCCUCCUCAGUUUGCAAUGACUGUAUUUUAGGAGAGAGCUAGUUAGCAGGUGGGAAUUGAUAUAUGACCAAAGUUGGAGGAAAUGGUAUUAAAAAAAAGGAAUUAGUUCACAUAUUUUGGUUGUAACAGACGCUGUUGAAGAUGAGCGUGACUGCACAACCAGCAGCCCUGCUUGAUUUCAGAAACUUGUACAUGGAUCUCUUAAAGCUAUUAGUUUUAUCCUUUACUCUGAAAUUGUGUUAAGAACAACCAAAAUGAAAUGUUCUCACAAGGCCUUGUCUUCAUGGACACAAAUAAAGGACCUUGAAUGCUACAAAA